UCUGCUGAAGGUCAGUUGAGGAAGGUUGGUCGAGUGUUGUGCACGGCUGCAGCUCAUCUCUGUGUUCUACACCUUAUUUAGUGCUCUAUAAACCAAUCCCGUCGAGAUUUAUAUAUAUAUCACAGCUGAUUCCUGAUCUCUGGAUGGCUGAUGAUGAGUAUUAACCUGGAUAUAUCGUAUGUGUAAAGAGAUAUGUGGAUCUUACAGUGAUGAAUGCGAGGGAUGAGCAGGAAGACACAGAUGAUACUCACUCUAGUAUUGCUACAGGUGGUACUAACACCAGUACUAGUAGUACUAGUACAACUGUAGCAGCCACAGUACCUCAGACAACCUCAACAAGCGCCAGUAUGGGCGGGGAACACAAAUAUCCAAGUUCUUCACGGGAGAUGCGGAACAUGGCAGAGAAGCUAAGACGAGACAAGCUGAACAACUACGUGAACGAGCUGGCUGGCAUCGUUCCUCUGGGUUCCGGAGCCAACAAGCGCAUUGACAAGACUUCCGUCCUCAGGCUGGCAGCCAACUAUAUACGUAUGCACAAGAUUCUGAAGGAUGACGAAGAGACAGAGAGAGUUCCUACAGCGCUGGGAGGCGCCAUCACACGCAACCUGGCAGAGGCUGUGGGAGGCUUCCUGCUGGUGGUCACAUCUACCGGAAAAGUUGUUUACAUUACCGAGGCUGUAGACCAGUUCUUUGGCCAUAGUCAGGUCGACUUGUUGGGCCACAACAUCUUCAGCGUUAUCCAUCCUGACGACCAUGAGAUCUUCCAGCAGCAGCUGACACCCAGAGAAAACAGCCGAAGGUCAUUCUUUUGUCGCAUGAUGGAGAAAGCCUUGUCACGUAACGAUCCUGGAAGGUACGAAAUCAUUCACGUUGUUGGCCAGGUACGACCUAUUCCACAGAGUGCAACAUUCACCCCUUGUGUUCUGGCACCAUCACCAAAUGGAACAGUUGCUUCUAGUGAUCAUGAUGACGAAGAUGAAUCAGACGCUGAUGGAGACAGCCAGUCUACAAAGGUCUCCUCCAGUAGAAUUGGAACGCAUAUGCUGGUCAGCUUUAUAAGAGUGGUAAAAGAUCGGCCAAUCACUGAGCUUUCUCUGGUAGAGUCUACGCAAGAUGAAUACAUUACGCGGCAUGGAAUGGACGGGAAAAUAUUGUACACAGAUCACAGGUUUGUGUUAUUACUUCCAAGUCAUUUAAUUGGUUGUAAACAAGGACAAAAUAAGAGCCAGUGUGCAUAUGACAGACAGUGGCUUCUCCAAGUUUCUGAUGCAGGAGUGUUUAUCAGUACCUGUGGACAAGGGAUAGUGUCUUACAGGCUUAAGUGUCGGGAUGGAUCCCAUGUAACAAGAUCAAGAGGAUAUCUGGAAGUAAACAAACAAACCGGCCAAGUGGAAUCAUUUGUUUGCAUUAAUACUGUUCUGAGCAUCAAGGAAGGUGUACAGGAGAUAAAAAACCAGAGACGGAAGCUGCUACCUAUUGUGACGUCACAGGAGUCAGAUGAACACCUCGGUACAAUAUCAUCCUCGCUUCCUCCGGAGCUCAUGAUGGUUUUAAAGCAAAUGAUGAACACUGAAACCAUUAAAAAAAAUGAUUUUAAUCCGUUGAUUCUGUUUUCAUUGAACGUGGAGGGAAAAGCAGGUACACAUUCAGAUAUCCCAGAUCGACGAACCUCAGUUCAUAAAUUGACUCGUGAAGAUUAUAACGAGAUCAGUCCAUUCCAGACUAAGCAGAAAAAGAUUUGUGGAUUUGAUGACUCUGUUUCUCCUGAAAUACAGCCCAGGGCAACACCUAACCAGCAGUAUCAUCAGCAACAGCAGCCUAUAACAGAAAACAACCUCAGUUUUUCUACUUCUCCUGAAUUUGAUAUCAAGAUGCAGAGAUCCCCGCAAAUGCAGCAAAAAUUACACAAUCCUAAUGGAAGUCAAGGAAAAAGUGAAUCAAAAGUUAACUAUGUAGGUUCCCCUGCCAGUUCGAGUCAAUGUCUUCCAUAUGGUACAACAGUUGCUUUAGAGGAAAGUGGAGGUGGUGUAUAUCGGUACCCUGCCACAGCUGCCUCUCCAGAAAGGGGUUUAUCUGUACAAUGUAAUGCCAACUUUCAGUUAAAUACUGCGCAUCCAGUCACAUGUACGUCAACCAUGCCAGGUACAACGAUACUCACUCACAACAUGCUUGUGUGA